CAUCAUGUUGCUACAUUGUUGCACAGUGGACACGCACCUUGGGUGGGGGACCUUACUAGGAACGAUGCGGCGGAGGGGCAGGUCGCGACAGCCACGCAUACGAGGCCCGAGUCUUGUUUUGGCGUGCUUCCAUGCGGCUACUGCGAGGUUACUGCUGUUGACAACUGUGCCGAAGCAAAGCAUGCAUAAGAUUUCUACGACAGCUUUCUAGCAGUAGUCCUAAUUCAUCACUCCGCCAACUCUCGCUGCGCUAUUGCCGAACCCGUUCUCGCGUCAUUCGGCCCACUAGUGUGCAGGACUCUUAGCUUUCGCCGCGCUGUAUUGAACGCGGCAUGCCAUGGAAGAGGCUGGGGUCAACAUGGCGACGUCGUGGCGGAGCCUCACGCCCGACGUCAUGCGGAACAUCGCCUCUCGUCUGGACCCAAACGAGGCCGCAGCCGCGCUGAAGCUGGUCAGCAGCGAAACUGAAGCAGCCCUGAGGGACAGCUACAACAUUAUCAAAGUCGGGCGCGAGGGCUCCUGCGACGGCCACGCCCUCGGGCCCACGUUUCUAGCGCACUGGUCCCGGCCCGACCCCUGGCGGUCGCUGUCGCACGCAAAGCGGCUGCGGCUGCUGCAUUUGGCCGCCUCCAGCCACCAUCCCGCCGCCCUGGACGUCGCUCUGGAGUACGCGGAUGUCGGGCUUUCCAGCGUUGUCGUGGCUAAUGUCAUGGCGGUCGCCGCCGGGGCCGGUGACCUGGCCGCGUGUCAGCGACUUCUCGAGGAAAGCUGUGAUGACGAAGGACUAGACGGCAGCGCAGCUUGCGCGGCCGCGCGCGGCGGCCACCUGUCCAUACUUCAAUGGGCCGUGGAGACUGGAGCAUCCACGGACCACGCGACCAUCGGCAAACUGGCGCUCGCGACAUGUGAGGGCGGGCAGGGCCACGUGCUGACGUGGCUCGAGGGCCUUGUGCCGCCACCACCCGCAGCUUCACGAGAUGGCAAUACCAGUGUCGGCGGCAAGGGUGGCGCUGCGGGGCAGGCGGCAGACUGGGAUUUUGAGGACGUUUUCUCCCAUCAUCGCGCACGGUAUCAUCGGGGCGGGGAAAGCGAGGACGAGGAGGAGGAGGAGGAGGAGGAGCAGGAGGAAGAGAGACCAUCAGGGGCGGCUUCGGGCGCGGCACUUAGCACAUGCCAGCUGCCAGAAUGGGCCAGCAUGUCCAUUUUCACCUCCAUGCUGAAGGCGGCCGCAAGCGGCGGCCACGCGCACAUGCUACAGCGGCUGCUGGACCCGGGUGGCCUGUAUGCGGAGCUGCUUCAGAAGCGCCGCUGGCGAAAGGUCGAAAGAGGCACGCGCUUGCAGAUUCUGUACGCGAUGGCUGUAGCAUGCCCGGAAGAGACCCUGCGGCGCUGCUACAGCAAGCUUGCCCCCAUGAGCCUCAGGAGCCCUGCCGCCCAGCCUGCCAACCCAGAUGCCACAGACGACGAGGACGCCGGCGGCCAGAGGUGGCCUGUAACGAAGGCCGCCCCCAGCCCACCAAGCUGGCAUGGCCUUCUUGAAGCGGAGCGGCUGCAGCAGCAGGCCCGGCUCGUGUGCCGCGCGGUUUUCAGCGCCACGCCCGACUGGAAGGCGAAGGCAAGCUUCCUGGUCGCCAAGCUCAACCAGCCCAGACAGCCCAAACAGCAGCGGCGUACGUGGGCUGACAGCAGCUGCCUUGGCAGCCACCGGGCCGCUGCGGGCGUAUCGUUGUCGCGUGUGAUGCGUGGUGGCGCAGCGGCAGCAGGCGGCGCAGGCGGCAGCACAGGCGGCGGCCAACGCGGCGGCGCAGGCGGCAGUGCAGGCUGCAGUGCAGGUGGCGGCGCAGGCGGCAGCGCAGGCUGCAGUGCAGGUGGCGGCGCAGGCAGCGGCAUAGCAGGCGCCAGCGCAGGCGGCGGCGCAGCAGGCGCCAGCGCAGGCGGCGGCACGGGCGGCGGCGCAGACGGCAGCGUGGCUGGUGGUGUCAAGGGUUGCACCGCAGAGGAUGCCCCGCUGACGGUGAGCGCGGCCUUGCGGGAGGAGGUGAUGCGGCUCCUAUGGAACCAAGAGUUGCAGGAGGUGGUGGCGCGAGUUCCCGACGCAUGCACGCGGUGGCGGUGGCUCGUCGCGCUCGGACUGCCGGAGACGCCGGAAAAAGAAGGCCACUGGUGGCACUGGCAGAUUGCGAAGGCAGCAGCGGCCGCAGGGAACGUCACGGCGCUUGAUGAGCUGCUUAGCCCAUGGCGGCAGAGGAUGGAAGCUGAGGAGGCCGCCGCGUUGCUGUGGGGCAAGGCUAGCAGUGCCCGCAUGCUGGAGCUUGGCCUUGCGGCGGUUGGCGGAGGCCACGUACCCGUGCUGGCCCUGCUGCGGGAACGCUUCGGUCCAGACGUGCUGCAGUCGAGAUGCCUGUGGCAAGCCGCCGCAAAGCACUCCGUUAAUGUGCUCCCAUUCCUCAUCCUGAAUGAGGUUGCGAGCGACACAUCUGUGGGCGGCGGCGCUCCAGGUGCCGAGGGGCCGGCCGACGGCAAGGUGGGUGUGCAUGGCGCCGGCGGGCUUACAGUAGUGCUGUCCUCAGACGAUGACUCUGGAAGCGAGGAGGUCGAGAUGGGAGGCGGCGGAGGCAGCCGGGGAAACGACACCCAGCGUGAGUGGAAAGGCAUCAUCAGGGAUGCAGCCAGGAACGGUGCGGGGCUGCCAGUGCUGCUGCACAUACACGAGCGGCAUGGGGUGGCGCCGGGACUGAUGGACGCUGCCAAGAGCGGUGACGUCGAGGCCCUGGAGUGGACCGCGUCGCUGCACGUGGCGCAGCAGAUGCGGGAGCAGGAGCGGGCCAAUGAGGAUGCCGCCAAUUUCGGGUGGUGCCGCUGCAGCGUGCGCGCGAGCGACUGGUUGCGGGAACUUGUCAUAAAAGGCAAAUUCGCGGCUGCAGACUGGUUCUUGUGCCGCGGACUGGUCAAGCCGGAACUUGCCAGGCGGCGCGGCCGCCCCUCGAGCGCGGCGGCAGCUGCCGCAGCGGCGGCGGCGGUGGCGGCGGCGAGCGGCGGGGCGUGGCAGGGGGGGAGCCUGAGUGUGCAGCUGUUGACUGCCCUGCUACCUGACAUGCACGAGACGGCCAAAGAGGCCGAGAAACACGAUGGUGGAUCGAGUGCUGCGUCCGCUACUGGGGCUCGCGUCCGCUACUGGGGCUCGCGUCUGCUACUGGGGCUCGCGUCUGCUACUGGGGCUCGCGUCCGCUACUGGGGCUCGCGUCCGCUACUGGGGCUCGCGUCCGCUACUGGGGCUCGCGUCCGCUACUGGGGCUCGCGUCCGCUACUGGGGCUCGCGUCCGCUACUGGGGCUCGCGUCCGCUACUGGGGCUCGCGUCCGCUACUGGGGCUCGCGUCCGCUACUGGGGCUCGCGUCCGCUACUGGGGCUCGCGUCCGCUACUGGGGCUCGCGUCCGCUACUGGGGCUCGCGUCCGCUACUGGGGCUCGCGUCCGCUACUGGGGCUCGCGUCCGCUACUGGGGCUCGCGUCCGCUACUGGGGCUCGCGUCCGCUACUGGGGCUCGCGUCCGCUACUGGGGCUCGCGUCCGCUACUGGGGCUCGCGUCCGCUACUGGGGCUCGCGUCCGCUACUGGGGCUCGCGUCUGCUACUGGGGCUCGCGUCUGCUACUGGGGCUCGCGUCUGCUACUGGGGCUCGCGUCUGCUACUGGGGCUCGCGUCUGCUACUGGGGCUCGCGUCUGCUACUGGGGCUCGCGUCCGCUACUGGGGCUCGCGUCUGCUACGCCCACCGCCCCCGCCCCCGCCACGGCUGGGCGUCGGCCGGGCGCCGGCGGAGGCGGACGCGACAGACGGUGCAGCUGGGGAGGGCGCAGCUGGAGUAGGAGGCGACGCCGUGACAGCGACUGCUGUAAACCUGCGUCAGAGCAGCGGUGUUGCGGCCCUGAUGAACAGCAGCAACGGCGCGCUGCAUGGCGUCAGCACCAGCAGUGGUGCCAGCCCGGGCAAGGCCCAAGGCAAGGACAAGUCCGGCGGUGCGGCGGCUGCUGCUGGGUUGACUGCAGCACCGAUGGAUUCAGCAGCUGCUGCGAAGCUGUGGGCUGAGCUGGUGUGGUACGCUGAGGAGUUAGCGCUGCCUCAGCCUGGCGUGUGUCAUGUGCACUGGCUGCGGCGAAUGCGAGUCAAGGCAGCUGAGGCUGCGCUGCAGCAGCUGCGGCGGCAGCACGCGCCCGCCCCGCCACAAGCUGCAUCACCGACGACAUCAACGGCGGCAGCAGCGGCACCAGCAGCGGCCCCUGCGUAUGCGUUUGACGGGGAGCAUGGGGCGGGAACAGCAUUAGCGGGCACCAAGCGGAGGCGAAGCAGCACAGGCGCUAAGCCUCCACUGCCGCCGCCGGCUGCGGUCGCGGCAGCGGGCUUGGACGUGGAGCUAGUGGCGGCUGAGCGAGAGCUGGCGCGUGCGCGUGCGGAGCUGCUGAAGGACCCACCACAGGAGCACAUCCAACGGGCGCGUGCCCGUGCCCGCAAGGCUAUGGGUGGUCAGGCGCAGCUGCUGCUAUUUCAUCAACGGGAGCAUAGGUCCAGCGGCAGCGACUCCGAAAGCAGUGGCGCAUAAGUGGUGUAACUGAGGAGUAAGCGGCUGACAGUGAUGAUAGCAGAUGAGGCCACGGCCGUGGGCCACAGCUGAGGCUAUAGCUGCUGUGCUCCACGCACGCGAUCAAUGCACCCACGCCGGUCCGCCGCCAGCUGUUAGUUUGUGCGCGGACAGCCGAAUUGCCUCGCUCUGAGACAUGCAGGUGGAAGAGCACGGAAGAAGCAAGGUCUUGGUCCAGGAUGGAACGUGUAUGGAUGGGCGGGUUCGAAUUCGAGGGCUCCAGAGUUAUCGGUAUGGUACGUGAGUGGGGGUUGCUGGGUGGGCCCAGGGCCCCGCCAAGUAGGGCACAAGGUAGUCAAGGUGCAGGUGGCAUGAUCGGCGUAAGAGCGUUGAUGAUGAUCUGAAACGCUGAAGGUGUGUUGUCAAAGGAUGCUUGCAAUACUGGGAGAGGCACGCGUGUACGGUAUCGAAAGAUCGCAAGGACUAUGGCGGAGGGCGGCAGUGACGGAC